GCCGGGGGCACCGGAGAAGCUGGCGCUGGAAUUAGAACUGGAGUGGCUGCCCCGGCGUCUGUUCCCGGGGCGGUGGGUGUCUGACCCCGAUCACGGGCGGCCCCGGCGGCGGGCCACCGGCUGUGAGGUACCUCAUUUUUCUGAAAAGAAUUGACCAUGUCAGAAUGAGAGGAAGCUCUCUGUGCACACUGUCGUCUAUGGGACCUUUGAAGACAAUACAGUAGUAUUCCUUUUACCGAAAGAAAGAAUGAAGCAAUAGUAUCCAAAUUUGGUGGCCAAAGGAAAAGAUUUCGGUUUCCAGUAGGAGGACUGCACCGCGGACAGGGAAGGAAUUGAUGAUUUUUAUUCCUGUUGUGCAUAAAGUGAUUUCAAGGUGGUUUUCUUGCUCUAACUAACCACCAGUUGUUCUCCUAGGGGAGCUCCUUUGGAUCAAGCUAUGGUGAAAAAUGUUCCGGAAAGGCAAAAAGCGACACAGUAGCAGCAGUUCCCAAAGUAGUGAAAUCAGUACGAAGAGCAAGUCUGUCGAUUCUAGCCUUGGGGGGCUGUCACGAUCCAGCACUGUGGCCAGCCUCGAUACAGAUUCGACCAAAAGCUCAGGACAAAGCAACAACAAUUCAGAUACCUGUGCAGAAUUUCGAAUAAAAUAUGUUGGUGCCAUUGAGAAACUGAAAUUCUCUGAAGGAAAAAGUCUCGAAGGGCCCCUAGACCUGAUAAAUUAUAUAGAUGUUGCCCAGCAAGAUGGGAAGUUGCCUUUCGUUCCUCUGGAGGAAGAAUUCAUUAUGGGAGUUUCCAAGUAUGGUAUAAAAGUAUCAACAUCAGAUCAGUAUGAUGUCUUACACCGGCACGCUCUGUAUUUAAUCAUCCGCAUGGUGUGUUACGACGACGGUCUGGGGGCCGGAAAGAGCUUACUGGCCCUGAAGACCACCGACGCAAGCAACGAGGAGUACAGCCUCUGGGUCUAUCAGUGCAACAGCCUGGAACAGGCACAAGCCAUCUGCAAAGUUUUAUCCACCGCUUUUGACUCUGUAUUAACAUCUGAGAAAGCUUGAAUUCUGCAGUCUAGUGGAAGCUGACUUCGUGUGGAAGGGCGAUGGUUUUCAAUCUGCAGUGUUGAAUUACUCUGGAAAUAGAAAGUGAUGCCCUGCUUGAGAUUUUCUGGAGAAAUGCAGUGUAUAAAAUAGUGAUCAUUUGCUUUUUUAUUAAAAUGUGUCUUAUUACAGUGAGUU